AUGAAGACCCUGAUCGUUUUCUCCGCUCUGUUGGCAGCAGCGUUCGCGCGGCCAAGCUUGCUCCUGGCGCCGCCGGGGGCAGCACUAGCGGCGCCCGUGACUCUCACGAAGUUAGUGCCUGGUGCGCCCAUUGGACUGGACGGUCGUGUAGUGGACACCCCAGAGGUAGCUCUGGCGAAGGCUGAACACGCAGCAGCCCACUUGAACGAGAGAAUAUCCCUCGCAAACGAGGCGUUCAAAUCCGCCGAUCUGAUCACUUACGCGGCGCCUGUGCUCGGAACUAAUCUGGAACCCAUUGCUCUCGCGGCCAGGAUCGUGCCACCUGCCCCCCUCGGACCCGAUGGACGCGUUGUGGACACACCGGAAGUGGCUUUGGCUAAGGCAGAGCACGCUGCUGCUCACAUAAACGAGAAGAUCGAGCAUGCUGCAGAACAGGCCGCGAAUUCUGCUUCCUUGGAACUUCCUGUCGUCGUCUCGGCGUAUUCGGCACCGGUGAUCCAGAAGGUUCUGCUGUGA